CCCGUGAUCGCUGCAUUUUGGCAUUUGGCAAAUACCGACCGUUGCACCCGCUUGUCCUUUUGUGCGGCUCUUCGCGCCAGCAUCACUUUUCGUUCCCCUCUUCCGCCGUUGGCUUGUUUCGAUGCGAAAUUGCAAAGUUGCCUGGUGUUUUUCUUAGGAACCCCCUCCCUCCCUUCCUCCCUCCCUCCCUCCCUUUUAACGAACCGCCAUAUCCAGCGUGUUCCAUUGAGGGGAUCAAGCUUGCUGCAGUGGACGUCGGCGGUCAUCCACUCAUCCAGCGUCGAUUGAUCAGCCGGCGAAGGAGAGGAAAUGGCGCACAUGAAGAGGGUGCACUCCGACAGCUUGCCUGCGAGUCCCGAUCCCGGUGCAGAUGGGGUCAUCAAGGAAGAUGAGGAUGCCGAAUUGGCAAGGCCCCGGAAGAUGACCAAACCCAAUCUUGCAGACGGGGGGGAGGAUGCGGAGAUGGAGCAGGAUGUGGAGGCUCGGUCAGUGGGGAUGAUGGUUGGUGAUGACAAUGACCCGACUACCGCGCAGCAGGGGGAAGAUGGGGACAGAGAGGGCGAGACGAAGGAGGCCGACGUGGCAACUAUGGAUGCACAUGUUGAAGGGAAAGGGACCAUAAUUUCAGGGGGCACGGUGGUAGAGGAAGGGGAGGAAGUCGUAUCCCCCGCCAAAGCUGCGCAACCCACCAUAACAGCAGCAGCAGCAGCUGAUGGGAUCGAAAGAGAGAGAGGGAGGGUAGCCAGCUCAUCGGACGCCGCACCGGCAGAAGGAAAUGGGGAAAUGUCCUAUGACCAGUCCACUAAUGGGGUCAGGUCGAUCACAUCAGCAGCGGCGAUGACGCUCGCGCCUGGGGCCCCUUCAACCUCCAGGAUGGGUGAGGGAGAGCGGAACUGCGACCCAACAGGAGGAGGAGGAGUUGCGCCUGCACUUGCGCCUCCGCCUGGCCCCUCCACUACAUCUCCUUCCCCUUCCCCUUCCCCGUCUCCCUCCCCUUUCUUCAAGACGACCUUAUGCGGUUAUUACCGCAAGAGUACAUGUCGACACGGUGCAGAAUGCAAGUAUGCUCAUGGGGAGGAGGAGCUGCGGCCUCGCCCAGACGGAACUUACGAUCCUAACUCGGUGAAGGGUGGGGGAGUAGGGGGGAAGAAAGCACGUGGAGGAAAGAACGCCAAAUGGGAACAACAGGAAGCAGAGGAGACGUUCGCGGGCGAUAAAGACAAAGGUGUAACAAUGCAACAGCUCCUGGAGAGUGAGGAGAGAGCGGAGAGAGUGCAGGGCACCAGGAAUGGGGAUCUGCUCCAUGUAUGUGUCCUCCAUCUGCCCCCUUGGUGGCAGACGGCCGACCUCCGCAAGCAUCUUGAUGAAUUGAAUGUGAAAUACAAGACUGCCAAGAAGCGCAAAGGAGACCGGGUUGGUUUCCUGGGCUUUGCAAGUGACAGUGAACUCUCCGAAGCUCAACAGCGCCUGUCUGGAGGGGGGUGAAAAAGAAAGGGAUGUCCCCACAAUGCAUGUACACCCUCACUGACCCCCACAUCAAUCAUGCAUUAAUUCCUCUAUGGCAGUCUUACACUCGGAGGCAAUGCUGCUGCUCCUCCUCCUAGAGUGCCAGCACUGCAUGUUGCCCCAUCCGUCUGGUGGCAAAACGAGGGAACAACUGAGCUCCUCUUGCUGCCCCAUCUGUCCUAUGUAUAGUCAGGCUGACGGUCGGCCGAAAUUGAAGAGCAGAUAAAAACAGCCCUAUGCU